CGCAAAACAUCCGCUAGGCGGCUAGGCCUCUUAGUAGCGCGGUUGAAAUAUCAAGAAGCGGCAAUGGUGACUGAAUAGUUUGCUGGUUGUGCGUGUGCUGUGUGUUGCUUAUGGUCGCAAGUGGAGGGCGGAGGCGGAUACUCGAUUCCUAGGUGGAAGCACGCCAUCGCAGCCCACUGCUCGCCCGGGGAACUUUCGUGGACCGUCUUACACGGAUUAUCAUCUACGCCUAGUCGGAGGAAUGUGGAAAGCGACGCUUGUUAUCCUACUACUGCUCGCCGUCAAUGGAGUACUACUCGCAGCCGAAAAGGUGCAAAGCACAACAGAAAAGCAUGGCGAUAACGGCAUGUUCUUCAUUGAUGAUCCCCAGAGUGACCAGGCUGUGGAAGGCAGUGCAGAUUUUGAAGACACGGACUCGUCCUCUGGGAUAGGAGACGAUGAAGAUGCUGAGGGCUCUGGGGAUGAACAUCUGUCUGAGGAAGAAAUGGGCUCUGGGACAGUAGGUCCAGUGUUUGUCACACCCAAAGUCACGGUGGUCACGGACACGAAACACGCUCCCAAAUACGAAGCCAAGCCAAAGGGCACCUCUCACAGUCCUGAGGAAGGAAACGAGAUUCCAGAGUUGUCCGGUCCGGUGACAUCAACCAAGGGCCCUAGCAUCAAUGUGGCACACGGUCCCCCAAGCAGUGGCCAUGACGACGACAAUCGGCAAAGCAACAAUAUACCCUUGGGGCGCAAGCAGGACAACCGACCGUCCUCCUUUUUUGCUCAGCCUGGCAUUUUGGCAGCGGUGAUCGGUGGUGCCGUCGUGGGCCUGUUGUGUGCCAUCCUGCUUGUCAUGUUCAUUGUCUACCGGAUGCGCAAGAAGGACGAAGGAAGCUACGCCCUGGACGAACCCAAGCGGUCACCGACAGUCAACUCGUACAUGCGUAGCAGCAACAAGGAGUUCUACGCCUAGAGAGAGAUCGCCACCAACACUCGUGCAAAAGAGACGCCUCUCCUCCUCUUUCCCACUUGCCUGUACCCUCGGCUCGCGCAACACCAGCAUCAAAGGGCAAGCCACAAACUUCUCAAGUGGAAGCGUCGUCGAAUGCUGCGGAAGUGUGCAACUAGAAGUUUGUGCAGUUUGCCGUGCGGGUUCCCCAGCUCCAUCCUGUUAUUUUUUCCCUCUCCACGUACAGUAACUCUUUUAACAACUUUUUCUUUUUUUUCCUAGUUGCCUUCUUGUGUUCCUUGACAUUGUUUUAACCUGAAGCGCAUUCUUAAAAAAAAUGACAUUUUAAAAACAAUGUUCGGUUUGUUGUGCCUUAUAGUUGUCACUUGAUGUAACGAAAUUUUUUCUUACAUUAGUUGACUUUUUUAACACCGUGUGUCAUCGUCCUGGUAUAGCGCAGUCAACGACGGCUCCUUACUGUUGGCACUGCUAGCAGAAAUACCAUGUCAGCUGGAACUGAAGGGCCUUCCAUUCAAUGCUGCCUGUCAAGUGCUGUCUGAGGGGUGUCUCUCCUAGUGCCAUUUAUUUAAGCCUUCUUACUUAUAGACCAUUGCUUUGACGCUGUGGUUUUAUUUGAUGCAAGCUCAUUGUCGGGGUGUAAGCAGCGGAAAACGUCUAGCGCCAGGACUCGUGGUUGUCCCCACGCUUCGCACGUAAAGUUGCAUUGGCAGUCAAAACAGGAAAACGUAAAUUGGGUGCUUUACAGAUGUCCCUGCUGUCGCAUUAAGGCACCAACAAAGGGAUGCUUGUGGAAGCAAACUGUUUACUUUGUUCUUGGCUGGGGAAUUGGUACAGCAUUCAACUUGAACCACUCUUUACCUGUUCGUUCCAUCUUGACAGCAGUGUCAUAGAGAUGUCUUGUUUGUACAUUCCAGCUGCUGUUCGGGAUGGGUUUCUGUCGUCCGCUUUCCUUACAGUGACAAUGUUCCUUACAUUCGCAAUUCUCUGCUGGCAAUUGGUCCUCUGUGGGAUUUAGUUACAGACUAGCCAAAAGCUGCAAGAUGUUGCUAAUCCAUGUGCAAUUACAUUUCUAAGUUCUGUGGGUUUUCGGGUUGGUUGUCUCGUCGAUGACAAAGCAGACUACCCCCAGUAGAACACUCAGUUUGUUUCACGGAACCACCCAGUCUCUUGUCGGAGUUCUACUAAGGCCCCAAUGCUCGGUUCCCUGCCAAGAGUGCACGUUGGUGAGCUCGUAUAGGCUCUGCACGUGUUCACAGACCAACGGUGUGUGUGUGUAUGUGUAAGGCUUUGGCGUGUGCCACAAAAUGAGUGCAAAGUAUAUUGUUCCUCUUUUUCCACUGUUCCUCACUGCGUAACUUUGUACUGUUGUGUUGUCCACCAGAAGGCCUCCCCACCCUGACCAAAAGUCUAGAUUGCCACACACCAACACUGAGUAACAAGCGAUUGCACUUUAGCUCCAGCAUGAAACUAAAGUUAUCUUGACAAGCAUCUAUAUACUUUCAAAAGGCUCGCUAACUUUCUGUUGCAUUUAUUGCUUCUCUAGUGCUGUUGCCCCCGAGAUGAAAAGAUGCCUUGGGAGCGUAGUGUUCACGAAUAAGUGGUCAGAUGCAAGCGUUCAGCAGGCAGCAGUACUGGAUAAGUAAAUCUGCUACAUUUGUGGAGUGUAGCAGCGCUCUUUGAAGUCUUCAGUUGAAGCUUUGAUAAACUCGUAUUGUGGCUUAGGAUGGGCUGGCCUUUCCAAGCUUUGCGGACAACACUUCUCGUGUCUUCAGCCUGCCCAAGACGUCUUUUUUACGUUUACCCCUGUGUACCCCCAUCUCCCCUCACUUGAAGUGCUUAUAGAGUUUUGUAUUGCCCAUUUUCUUUUUCUAUACGAUAUACACAUAUACACGAAUGGGAUGUGUCGUGAAAGUUUGUGUGUGUGUGUCACUCUGUGCAAGAGGGUAUGGCUGUAGCUUUGAAAUCUGGGAUUGAAUGGAACAUCGGUGCUUUCAAGUGGAGAGCAUUUCCAUUGUCUCAACGGAGCCCACCUGCCCACGCGUUCUGGGCCCUCUUAUGCAUCUAGCUUGUAUGGAACUACACCUUCCUUGACUGUCUCGCCGACAGCCCUCUUUCUCGGUUUGUCUCAGCGUCUUUCCCCAUUCAUUUCUUUUAGCAUGCAUGUUUAGCCUUCAAGAGGCCUCACCUGUGUCGUCGCCUUCCUUUUUCUUGUACAUACUUCACAAACCGAGUCACCCCAUGUGUCCCGAGGGAAAUGAAUGCAAAAGAACCGAACAGCCAUGGGAGCAUCCGGUACGAAGUUUGGCGUGCUUUGCACGCUUUUGCCUUGAUGAAAAUGCUUUGGACUCCUUUCUCUUUUGCCUUUCUUUUUUUUUUAAUGUACCGUGCCUGUUGUUGUUGGUUUUAGUGCAUAGUGUGUUCAAAAGAGCCUGUAAAUACUGUACACUUUUCCAAAAUUUGCUUAAGGGACACCCAAACUUGUCUUCAACAUUGCAAGAGUAGUAUUCUUUUAUCGAACCUUGUAUGUGUGACCACUGGAUGUUCUAGCAGUUUGUGUGUCUUCGUAAAGGUGGGGUCAUCAAGAAAUUCCUUUUUUUAACUGAGCAUCAGAUGGCCUCUCCAUUUACAAUUUUAACUUCCUUGGAACUCGCAGUCCUGAACAACUGCUUUCUUUUUUUUUUUGGUGCUUACCUUUUCAUUGUGACCCUACCAUGGGUUUCUAUCUGGGCUGCAGUAUAUGAAUAAUACACAGGAUAUUUUAAUUCAAUGCCUUACGAUUCCAGCCCUGCUCUUGAACCACAUUUCUCAAUGCUGGUCCGGUGUUUCGUCGUUGCGUUAAAUUUUUUUUUUUACUACAAAGUGUUAACUGUGACCUCUGCUUGAUGCUGCAAUUGACCGUUUCUUGCAUUUCAAAUAACCUUUGAAGUUUCCAGUAGACAGUUUUUUUUUUUCUGCUCACUGCUAGAAUCUUAAUAUAUUAUAUGCAAAGAGUGCGUGUUGUUGUACGGUGUUUUCACACAUCCACAUACAACUGCUGCAAAGCAUUUUUUUUGUACAUGUUUAAUUUAAGACGUCGCUGCAUCAAAGACCAAACAGUAGCUUCCAAAUGUACCAAAACUGUGGUGUGUCCGCAUUAGUCAUCUUGGCUGCCUGUCAGCGCAACUGCAGACAGGCUCCAAAGAGUGCACAGUUGAAGACACUGGUCUCGACCUUGUAUUGCUGCGAAAACAUUUUUGUACAGAGGUUUUCAUAGUUGUCAAUACAAUAAAUUGAUGGAUUUACAAAAAAAAAGCAAA